AUGUAUGUAAAAAAGUUAAUAGAAAUUGACAUAAAAAGAGACGCAUUAAUUUCAUGUGGUCUACGGAAACGUAGCGCCGACUCUGAGCCGAACCUACAAGGGUUCAGCCCUCUUCAUAUUGCUUCAGCCUCAGGGAAAUUAGAACUUGUGAGAGUUCUCCUAAGUGUUGGCCAGAAACGUGAUGUCUGCUUCUUGAAGGACAAAGACGGUUUGAUUCCUCUUCACAGCGCAGCGCAGAGAGGAAGAAUAAAGAGCUGGUUUCCUCUUUCCCUGAAUCUCUCGACGAACAAAGGGCUUUUCUUGAGACCCCUCUUCAUGUUUCAAGUGGAAGUUACAGAGUUGUUGUUGCAAGAGAUCAAUAACCGUAACACAUCGUGGGGGAUCGUUAACCAGGAAAAUCGAGAAGGCAAUACAAUCUUGCAUCUUCAACACUUGGGAAACAGCUUCAGGCAAAUUGUGGAGAUGUUGAUAGGUGAUGAAGCAAUAAUAUACGGAUCGGUAGAUGUAAACAAACAAAACAGAAGCUGGUUAACACCAAAGGAUGUCCUCGACGUGCUUAUUGAAACUGAAGGAGGAAGUGUUUCUGAAAUGCACAGGAUUGUUCAAAUCUUUCAGACAGCUGAAGCAAGGAACGCAAUUGAAAAACGUAAAAACCUUAAACCAAUUGACCCUAGUAGAAACCCUUUACGAAUGAUAAAGAGUGAUUGGGACUGGAGUAGCAGCAGCCAUGGCAAAGAGUUUACCUUCGUGAUUAAGAAGCCUUUCAUGAACCUCCGUAAGUGA